CUCCGCGCGCCAUAGCUAGCCACUUUAGCAUCGUUUGUUGUUGUCGUGGUUGGUUUGUCAGCGAUUUUCUCCCCCCGAACCCGGAACGAGCGACCGACUGACUCGCCGUCCGUCAUCUCUCGUAACGAUGAAGUUCCAAUACAAAGAGGAGCAUCCCUUUGAGAAAAGGCGGUCCGAAGGCGAGAAGAUUCGGAAGAAGUAUCCGGAUAGGGUUCCCGUUAUUGUGGAGAAAGCUCCCAAAGCCAGAAUAGGUGAUCUGGACAAGAAGAAGUAUCUUGUCCCCUCCGACCUGACAGUGGGCCAGUUUUAUUUCCUCAUCCGAAAACGAAUCCACUUGCGAGCCGAGGAUGCGCUCUUCUUCUUCGUAAACAACGUCAUUCCACCCACCUCGGCCACCAUGGGACUGUUGUACCAGGAGCACCACGAAGAGGAUUUUUUCCUCUACAUUGCCUACAGCGACGAGAGCGUGUACGGGAGCAGCCGAAGGGAAAUGUGAUCCCCGCUCUGUGGCUCCCCCGCCUUCCCGCGACGCAUACAUACAUCCAUUGGGAAUAUUUAAUCUAGCUCAGCAGCUCGGAGUUCACAGAGCAAAAGGCGUCAGAUGCACUUUCACCCGUCCCUAUCUCCAUCAGUGUCACGUUGUAUCUAUCGGCCUCCAUUUCUUAUUUCCCAACUGCUACGGAACGGUUAUAUUGACUAUGAUUAUUGUGGUUAUUGUUAAUUUUAGAUGGCUUUAUUUACUUUAUCGUGAAGCUGAGUGCAAUUUUUUUUCCUCUUCUUUUUUUUAAGAACUCUCUAGAGCUGCAUUACUGGCGCUUUCUCUCCACUCGUGACCAUAAAAUUAUAAAAUUUGAGGAAAAAGCUA